AUGUCAGUUUCCAGCAAGAAGGAAUUUGAUGUGAAGCAGAUCCUGAGGCUGCGCUGGAGAUGGUUCAGCCACCCCGCGCAGGCUUCCACAGGCACGGGGGGCUGCCUCCAGCAGGAAGGAUAUGAGCACAGAGGGACUGCGGUUCAGAGCAGGCUGAAGAGCCACCCACGGGACCGGAAUGGCCUGAAGAAAAACAACAGCCCCCUCCAUCACACCCUCGCGGCGCCAGGGCCCGGGCCGACGCCGGUGCCCCUCUGGCCCAGCCAAGCGCGGCCCGAGCAACGCCUCCUGGAGCAGCUGCGGGUGGCGGCGGAGGAGGCACCGCCGGCGCAGAGCGGCGACCACUGUGCCAAAGCGGAGCCCGGGAAAAGCGCGCAGGAUCCGCAAAUGACCUCGGAGGAGCGCGGGGAUGAGAGCACAGAUGAGGUGGUGGUGGCCUGCAACAACUGCAACCGCUGGAACAACGAUGGAUCAGACGAGUACUUCUAUUCCGCAAACCACGCAGAGCAGGCAUUCCGCAAAAUGGAGAAUUAUCUCCAGCAGAAGCAGCUCUGUGAUGUUCUUCUCAUUGCUGGGGACCACAAGAUACCUGCUCACAGGCUGGUUCUGUGCGCAGUGUCGGACUACUUUGCUGCAAUGUUUACCAGUGAUGUGCGUGAAGCGAAACAAGAAGAAAUAAAAAUGGAAGGCGUGGAUCCCGAUGCACUGAGGGACCUUGUGCAUUAUGCUUACACAGGUGUUUUGGAACUAAAAGAAGAGACGAUCGAGAGCCUGCUGGCUGCAGCCUGCCUUCUCCAGCUUUCGCAAGUCAUCGAAGUCUGCUGCAACUUUCUCAUGAAGCAGCUCCAUCCUUCAAACUGCUUAGGGAUCCGGUCCUUCGGAGAUGCUCAGGGCUGCACAGAGCUUCUGCGUGUGGCCCAUGUCUAUACCAUGGAGCACUUCACUGAAGUAAUAAAAAAUCAGGAAUUUCUCUUGCUGCCAGCUGCUGAAAUUGCUAAACUUCUGUCCAGUGAUGACAUCAACGUUCCAGAUGAAGAAGCCAUCUUUAAGGCAUUAAUGCUGUGGGUUCGGCAUGACUUGCAGGACAGGCAGCGGGACCUUGGGAUGCUUCUGUCUUACAUAAGAUUGCCCCUACUCUCCCCACAGCUAUUAGCAGAUCUGGAAAAUAGCCCCAUGUUUACUGAUGAUCUCGAGUGCCAGAAACUUCUCAUGGAAGCAAUGAAAUACCACCUGCUACCAGAGAGGAGGUCUAUGAUGCAGAGCCCCCGCACUAAGCCUAGGAAGUCCACUGUUGGCUCCCUUUACGCUGUUGGGGGCAUGGAUGCCACCAAAGGCACCACCACAAUUGAGAAAUAUGACUUGAGAACCAACAGCUGGAUUCAAAUUGGAACCAUGAAUGGGAGGCGGCUGCAGUUUGGAGUUGCCGUGAUUGACAACAAGCUUUACAUUGUGGGGGGAAGAGAUGGCCUGAAAACAGCCAACACAGUGGAAUGUUUCAAUCCUGUCACCAAAGUCUGGACCGUGAUGCCUCCCAUGUCGACCCACCGGCAUGGCUUAGGUGUAGCAAUGCUGGAAGGACCCAUGUAUGCUGUGGGAGGCCAUGAUGGCUGGAGUUACUUGAACACGGUUGAGCGGUGGGACCCGCAGGCCCGGCAGUGGAAUUACGUUGCCAGCAUGGCGACCCCGAGGAGCACUGUGGGUGUCGCAGCGCUGAAUAGCAAGUUGUAUGCAGUUGGUGGGCGAGAUGGCAGCUCCUGCCUGAAAUCCAUGGAGUGCUUUGACCCCCACACAAACAAAUGGAGCAUUUGUGCAUCAAUGUCAAAGCGACGAGGAGGCGUUGGUGUGGCAACCUAUAAUGGGUUUCUGUAUGCAGUGGGAGGCCAUGAUGCUCCUGCUUCAAACCACUGCUCCCGACUUUCUGAUUGUGUAGAAAGAUAUGAUCCAAAAACAGACACUUGGACUACAGUAGCACCUUUGAGCGUUCCUCGGGAUGCUGUGGGAAUCUGUCCUCUUGGGGACAGAUUAUAUGCAGUUGGUGGCUAUGAUGGACACACCUACCUGGACACAGUGGAAUCCUACGACGCACAAAACAAUGAAUGGACAGAGGAAGUUCCAGUCAACAUAGGAAGGGCUGGAGUCUGUGUUGUUGUUGUAAAGCUGCCAUGAAGAAUGUUGCCAGAUGUGAAGCAACCCACGAGCACCGCUCCACCAAGCAGCAGGCAGAAGAGGAAAUGCAUCCUGGGAAGGAAUUCACAUGGCUUCCAUUACCGAAGGAGCGAGAAAGUGGCACGGGCGCUGAGGAGCCUGGGCAUGGAAAAAGCAUUUCUCUGCAUCCCCCCAAAAAACUUGGCAGGGGUCACUCAUCUGUGUGAUGUUAACCUCUUUUUAUAGCGGGGAGCUGGGUGCACACACUCCUUAGGAAAAGGCAGCAUUCUAAACUGAGGAACCCCCAAUUUUCUUUCAAGAUCAACCAAUCAUGCAGCUGAACAGUAUUUCUGCAUAUAAUGGCUUAUCUUGCAGUGCUACAUCUUGGUAAAGGGCAGUAGAGCAAGGAUCCAUGGUGAACCCUGAUGCUCCAACUCCCUCACCAAUGGAAAGCUUGCUUGCUUCCUCCCAUGGAAUCAGCACUUUGGCAGUGAUGCCUGCCCAGGCCCAUCUUCACUGUAGUUUUCUGGCUCAGCAGCCUGAGGCGCACCUCCAAGUUGGAACAAGCAAUCCUUCUCAUUUUUCACCAUGUCCUGACCUAGCAUUGUUCUGGGGCACUGCAGGAAGUGAAGAGAGGGCCAAGCCCAGCUGCCAAGCACUGCUCAGAGCACUGGUACCACAGUCAGGUAAGCUCACGGACAGAGGACGUGGGGCACUAAGGGCUGUGAGCGCCAGCAAAGCAGGAGCUCAUUGAGAUCCUCCAAACUCCACUCGGACGCUUAUUCCACCUCGUGUCCAUAUCAGACUUCCAACUUGGUUUUUUUUGUUCGUUUAGUUUCCGCACAAAAAUUGUGUGCCCUUUGUAAAUAAGUUUUCAUGUAUUCCACAAGUAUGUGGGCAUUUUGGACAGAUAUGCCUUUCCUCCCAUUGAUUAAAGUGUGUUUGUAUCUGGGG